AUGACUUACAAUCGGAUCGCUGUUUACGGACAUCGGGGCUGGGUCAGCUCUGCUAUCUUUGCCGCCCUUGUACAGUCCGGCGCCCCUGUCAAGGUUCUCUAUCGUCCGAGCUCCGACAUCAGUGAUCUUCCCGAAGGUGUCACAUCCGUCGAAGUGGACGUGGAAGAUCAGCAGGCGGUUGAAGCCGCGUUGCAAGAUGUUGAUAUUGUCAUCUCACUGGUCGGCCAGGAGGGUGUUCCCCGACAACAUGGACUCGUGAAAGCCAUUCCUGAAACCAAUGUCAAGCUGUUCGUUCCCUCAGACCUCGCUUUCCGUUGUGAUGCACAAGGACUGCGAGUUCCCAUCAAUCAAUUGAAAUUUGAAGUGGAGGAAGCCGCAAAAAAGGCAGGCAUCGCGAUGACUAUCGUUCUUCCUGGCUUCUUUGCGGAGUCCUUCCUGAGUACUGGUAUGGUCGGAGUUGACGUAUCCGAGAAUCGGAUUGUCUUCAGUGGGGACAGCGGACACCAAGUCGUCAACAUUUGCACGAGAGAAUACGUCGCAGCCGCAUACGCAGCCAUUUUCGCGAAAACUCCCAUCCUCGAGCUAGAGAACAAGGUCUUCGGUCUAUCAGAGGUUCAAGCUACGGGUGAAGAUGUUGCAACAGCAUUAGAAAAAAGACACAGCGCUCCUCCUACUACCUUCCGACACAGCCUAGAAGAAGUGGAUCGCCAAAUCCAAGACCGCUUGGACAAAGGCCAGCCCCUCGCGAAUGCAUGGUAUUGUCGCAGGAUCUGGGGAGCCGGAAAAAUACCAGAGCUGAUUGGAUCCGACAUCUGGGAGGUGGAUGGGUACAGCAAGAAGAGUCUGGAGGAAUUAAUUGUUGAUGAUAAAUUGGUCGCGUACCGUGAAGGUUCGCCGGCCUUCCAGGCGGCUGUGGAGAAGAUGUUUUAUUGA